GAAGAGGGCGCGUGCGUGCUUGUCAUAUCCGGGAGCCUUCCGUUUAUAAACAUAAUCUCGUGUGCUACUGUCACAAUCUGGGCUGUAAUGAUCUUAAAAUGAGUUAAGUGCUUUAAUAACGGAAACAAAAAUCAUUUUUAUUGUGACUUGUACUUAAGGUAAAUCGUCAUCAGACUAUCCCGAGGCUGAAAUAUCACGUUCAAGAGUGAAUAAACUCAAGAAGAUGCCAGCUCGUAACACUAUAAACAAUGGAGUCAGAUACUCCAAACUAGCCAGUGAUGAUGAUGGAUACAUUGAUCUCCAGUUUAAGAAAAGUCCACCUAAAGUCCCUUAUAAAGCGAUCGCCCUGGCAACUGUUCUCUUCCUCAUCGGCUCCAUUCUGAUCAUCAUCGGAUCCCUCCUGUUAGCAGGAUACUUUGAAGUUAAUGAUCACCGUGAUCGCACCAUCCCAGUCCUGGUGAUUGGGAUCCUGGUCUUUCUUCCGGGGUUUUACCACCUGCGCAUCGCCUAUUACGCCUCCAAGGGUUACCGCGGUUAUUCCUAUGAUGACAUCCCUGACUUUGAUGACUGAGCAGCGGAGACAGGCUGAUCUGAACAGAGCUUUGAACCUGGUUUUCCUGCAGCGCCGCUAUAUAUGUUUAUCAUGGAUGUAAUGCCAUUAUUUGUAAUGCAGACAGGUCUCAGUUCAGUAGUUAUAUUAGUAUGCUGUAUGGAGUUCCAGGUUGAUGCAACAAGCAAAGUCUGGGGCAAGAAAAACUACUCAAAACAUGCCACAUGCUGUUUUAUAUUUGACAGCUCUUGUGAUGGAUUGCACUAGCAUUCAAAUCUGUCAUUAAUGAUGGGUUUAUGUUUUUAUUUUAUUUUUUACAUUAACAUUACUGUUUUAAUCCAUUCUUGAAAAAAAGUAAAAAAGUUUCAAUUUUAAAUACAUUUGUGUAUGAUGGGAAUAAAGCACCAUUACAGAGUUUUUAUCUUUCAUGUCUAAUGCCAUGUCACUGGAUUUAACUUAUUUAAAUUUAUUGGAUUUUAUUGGCAUUACAGAGGAUACUUUAUAAAUAAAUAACUUGUUUCAAAA